CAAUGUACACAGAGUCAUCCAGACCCUUCACCUUCACAUUGCGAGUACGAAAAGCCAGGAGCAGAGACAGGACUUGCAGAAUGCCUUUGUAUCCAAACAGAAUUGCGUAGAGGACGACUUGCCCAUCAGAUUCACAGACAUAGAGAAAGUAUUUGUGAUACUCUGCUGUUGCCUAAUGAAAUUAUCAUUACAUCAAAAGUAGGUUAAAUUAUGCCAAGAAUUUCUUUAGCUCUUACUCCAAAAGUCUCCCCAGGUAGUUCUCGGUUUGCUGUGAGUUUCACACCAAGGUUGUCUCUCACAGCCUCAGUCGCAGUGUAUGUUAGGAGAAUGACUACAUC